AUUAUUUUAUUCUAUGAGAGAGGGUUCCCUCAUUUUCCCUCCACCUCCAGUCUGCCUUUGUUUACGAGGGCGUCCGGCCGUUGCUCCGCGCCGCACUCGCGAGCUUUUCGAAUUCAAAAAUAAUUCCUAUUUGCCGUAUCGCGUUCAUAAUAAAUUGCGCCCAUAAGCCCAUAACGGACAAUAAAGCCGAUGACUCAUCGCUAUUAUAACAUCCUCAAUCGAAAUUUAUAUUUAAACGCUGAUGUGAUAUAUCUGAUUGCGUAUUUUAGACACGUUUUAGUGUUAAACUGAACAAAAUAAACACUUAAACCGAAACCAGUCGCGCGCCGUCAAAAAGCAAACAAACUCAAACCGAACUUCACCCGUUACCGAACGGAAAAAAAAUGUAAGCCGUUUAUGGAUUUCAAAAAAAAAAGAAUAACAAGUAAAAUGGAUUGGCGCGAAAAACUUUUCGGACGUGUGCUCGUGAAAUGCGACUCGCCCGGGACCCAGAAUGGUAAAUUUGAGAAUGUACCGACUUUGGACGCUUUGGCCGACUGUGUUGAGGAUGGAGAGGGUGCUGUGUGUGGCAUUUAUUUCUCGUUUGCAAACAUAAGCGAUACGAGUGAUGACUUCGGGGUUCGUCUGGAGGAGGUGUACAAGCGAGUGCACCCGCGGUUGAAGGUCGUGGAGGUAGUGUUGUGGGCUCAUGUUGGCACCCCCGAGGGCCCGGUGGAGAGAGAAGCAGGCUUCCGGCGCAGCCUGACCGGGAAGCCGUGGUUCGCUGUGCCUUUUCAUGAUGUCGACACGAAGAGGCGGCUCACCCAAAAAUACAGCAUCGCAGUGGGAGUCCCAACCCUGGUGAUCAGGGGUCGGGCAGUCAGGGAUGCCUUACUCAAAGACCCUAAAGGAGAGAGGUUCCCCUGGCCUGCACCUCCUCUGGACGAGGUGUUAAGAGGAGUGGAGUUGGAGGGAGAAGAGAAGAGGAACUACGAGGACUUACCACCCGACGCUGUCAGGGUCUUCUACUUUGCUGCUCAUUGGUGUCCGCCAUGCCGCUCGUUCUCGCCCAGCCUGUGCGCAGCAUUGUCAGCGGUGCGCAAGCGCAGGGCCAAGUACGCCAACACGCAGCUCAUCCUCGUGUCCAGCGAUAGAUCAGAGCAAUCCUACGCUCGCACCCUAGCUUCAUUAUCAUCAGCCAACGCGCUGGCCAUUCCCUGGUCGGCGAGCGACGCGCGGCUCACUCUGCCAACGGCGUUGGGCGUCGCCGGCAUACCAGCGCUGGUCAUCACCGACGCCAACGGCAAAGUGCUCACCGCCAACGGGAGACAGCAUCUCGCCGCUGACCCACUCGGACUGAACUUCCCAUGGGCUCAGCGGCCCGUGUCGGUGCUGAACGAGCAAGCGCUACUCAAGAUGGCCCGCCACCCGGCUGUCGUGCUUUUUAUAGAUGACGAAGACUCCGAGAUCGAAUUUGCGGAAUCAGUGCUAACACCCUCCGCAGAGUCCUACUACGAGGAGUGCAGCAUCCAGUACCCAGGCUUCUGCCCCUACCAGAACUCCUCCGACGACGAGACCAUGGACUUCGACUACACCACCACCAAGACCUCCUCCAGGACUAAGAAGAAAUCCUUCAAACAUGUCAUGUUCUACAUAGGUGUCGACGGUACUGACAGUGCUGACAUGAUCAGAGAGCACAUCGGCUUAGACGAUGCGGUACCCUUGCUGACAGCUAUAGACUUCCCCAAGCAACGCAUGGUCACCAUGAAGUACGGCGAUGAAAUCACCACGGAUUCCGUUCAGAACUUCGUCGAUGCUUUUCUCAGCGGAAACGCCGAUUUUAAACCUCUGAAGCCUUAUAGUGAGAAAUGCUAAGUAAUUCUACACCAACGAAUUUUUCAAAAAAAAAAAAAAGAAGUCAGAAUUAAUGUUAUUUCGCACCAAAAAAAAUUUUAGGCUGGCGAAUAAUGUACCUUCUGAUUUAACUUUUGUUUGCUCGAACUUAGAUCACGUGAUACCUUGUAUAGCUCUCGAUGAUACUAAUCGGGCUUUGACAUCAAUGGUGCUGACGUGAACAGAAAAAACAUCAGUAGAUUUUUGACAUUUUGAAGAACUAUGCAAUGAAAUUUUUGAGAAAUCAAGAAGAAUUUAAGAUAGCCAGUCCCCUAAUGAGAAGGAUUUAGGCCAUAGUCUGACCCAGUGCGGAUCGGCAGACUUCACACACUGAUGGAGAUCUAUCAGGCAUGCAGGUUUCCUCACAAUGUUUUCCUUUACGUGAAUAAAGCAAGUGAUAUUAUUUUAAUCGCUUAAACGCACAAAACUAUGAACAGUUAUAGGUGCGUGCCCGGAAUCGAACUCUGGGCCCCCCAAAUAGAGGGUUGAAGUGUUAACCACUAGUCUAUCAACCUAUGAAUGUAGUGUUAGACUGAGUUACGACUUAUGAAAAUAGAUAACGGAGUUAGUGAGGUUCGGUAGAAAAUGUUUAAGUAAUGUCUAAAUAUUUUCCAUAAAAGCAAAAAGGCAAUAAGUAUAGUUUAUUUAAGUUUGAAAAACAAAAAACACUUUUUAUUAAUGUAAUAAUAAGUAGGCAAAUAAGAAUAGAAAAACAUUUUGUGUAUAGGAGGAUUUUUUAGAAAUGACCAACUUACAUGAUACCUACCUAAUAUCAUUAUCAACUUGAGGAUAGUGUUUAAAGCAGAAUAGUUAUUUAGUUUUUCUUAGUUGAUUUAAAAGAUAAACAAAUCGCAGAAACCUUCUCGGAGAAACGCGUAAACGACACAAUUUGCUCGGCAUUUUAGACCUUCUGAAGUUAGGUUGGUUAGGCACAUCAUGAUUUUGUCAGUUAGCGGAAAUAAGGUCGUAUGGGCCGCGUCUUGGGGGCCGCGUAUAGUGCGCCUCUUGCAGAACAUUUGAACGAGAAGCUACUUGUUUACUUUUUAAGUCAGUUAGAUCCAGCUCGGUCGACUAGUCGCCCGGCAACUCAGUCGACGGCGACCGACCGUUACAAUCUGUAAAUUAGAAGUCGCCGUGUACACACAACGGCUACAGAUACGCACAACGACUUGUAUAACUUACAGAUUCUAAGGUGGCCGUCGACCGAGUUGCCGGGUGAUUAGUCGACCGCGAGUAAUGGGUCAGGAAAAAAUAACCUACUGUAAUAAUUUGUUGGCAUUUGAUAGGGAUAGUUGACAAUUCCUUAGACUAUUGUAGAAAUUUGUAGCGUCUUUAAAUUUUUACUUUUGUAUCUGUGAUCUGUUUUUAACCAACUUGAUGCAUUUAAAUAAAAUAAAAAAUAUACAUAC